GUUCCUUACUGCCACUCUUUGUUCAUGCAUACAGUAUCAGUACAGUAUACAGUACAGGUAUCAGAUCUCAUCAUUUUAUGUACUGAACUUUAACUUUAAUACUUUGAAAUUUGUUACUCUAUUUAUCAAAUCCUGGAAGAAAAAUCACUUGAAGGUCUUAACAUCUGAAAAGUUAUUUGCUGUAAUUUAUACAAACCUGAUCUCCAUUUGUCAUUCAUCUGAGGAUUGAGACUAAAUCAGGAUGUUGACCACUGCAGCUCUUAUUCUCAUUGUCACCAGUAAUGUUGUCCUAGGAAUGAUUGACAGAGUGUCUGAUGAAGAAGAGAUAUAUCCAUUGGAUAUGGCAGAGAAUUCAGUUGAUGACCAGUAUGAUGGUUGUGCAGAGAAGAUGGCAAACCUGGUGAAGAAAAAAUAUUUAAAAAAGGAAAUCAUUCCUAGAAUACUUCACUUUAAAGUAGAUAAUACAAGGGAAAUUGAAGAUAACUUGAAUGCCAACCAUUUAAGUGCCAUUUUUGCGUACACUGGUGGUCACAUACACAACGAAUUCAAUCAUGAUGUUAGAACCGGUAAUCAACAAUACAAAAACAAGACAUUCAAAUGGUAUUCACUUCACUUUUUCUUGACAGAAGCGAUACAGAUUCUUAAGAGAUCACAAAAUGAAUGUCAUUUAACUUUUCGUGGUUCCAGUGAUAAGUUUAAUGAGAAUAUUAAAAAUAACACAGAGUUUCGUUUUGGCGCAUUUGCGUCCUCCUCUCUUAAACGUGAAGGAACAAUUAUAUUUGGAAACGAAUCUUGUUUUGAAAUCGAGACUUGUUAUGGUGCAAAUGUGACAAAAUAUUCGCUUUUUGAUGAGGCAGAGGUGCUGAUUCCCCCGUAUGAGAAAUUUAAUAUCACCGCUAUCAGAAAGAAAGGUGAGAAGGAUGCCUGGUGUAACACUGUGUUUGUGUUAAAGAGCUCUGGGAUUAAAAGUAACUUGAACUGUACAGUGGCAUCAGUCAAGCCCAAGAAAUUCAGCAUUAAAUCAAUAAUCAGUUGGUUCAAAAACCUACGUAAUAAAUCAUAAGUGUCAAAAAUCUCGCCCUUUCUUACCCUUUUCAUUCUGCAUUUAAAACUAAAAUAUGAGAUACAAGGCAUUUUAUAAACUGGAUGAAUAAAUUACACUUAACCUAUAUUCUAUUUUGCAUGUUGUUCUCAUGACAUGGCUCUUUAAGAUAAUUGAUUCUGGUCAGCGGUGACAUUUUAAGGCCUGUUAUACUCCAAUAACAAUGGCUUAUACUAACACACAGCUUUUUUAUGUACUUUGAGUCAUCUUGACUUAUAUGACUUAUAUGUUUAAUGUAUCACUUUGUUGUCUCUUUUCUCAUGACAUGUUUGAAUUUGAUACAAAUGAGCUAAUAAAAUAUUUCAAAUCA